UAACAAGCAUCACUGCAGAUAUUUAUUAAGAAAAGGAGCCGCAGGUCUGCGGGGAGGAGGAACUCACUCUGCGGGGAAGAGGAACCCACUCUGCGCGCAGGAGUUUCCUUGUUUGCGCCACAGGGACACUGGGCGAAGACAGCAUGUGGACUCUGGCUAAUCAGUUGGUUCUAAUCGGAUUUUACCUUCAGGUAACCACAUGCUACCCAUCAUGCACUUUGUACGGACUCCUGGCUGAUUGUGGCUCACGGGAAUACUACUGGAUUCCGGCUCUGCCUCCAAACAUCACACACCUCUACCUGCAGAUGAACUACAUCAGGGAGAUCAACAGCAGCUCGCUCAGGAGCUAUGAUCAGCUGCGAGAGUUAGAUCUUGGAAUGCAGAACGUGCAGCUUUUCAUAAGGAACAACGCUUUCCUCAGGCAGAGAAGAUUGACAAGGUUGGUCCUAGGUGCCAAUAUCGGCCUCCAGAUGGAGCCGAGGGCUUUCGCAGGACUGCUAAAUGUACAACACCUCUUUUUGGAUUAUUGCAAUUUGGCAGACUCCAUACUAGCAGACAGUUACCUGCAGCCACUUUGGUCCUUGGAAAUGCUCGACCUCUUUGGUAAUGAGAUAGUGAGAGUUCGACCAGGGCUGUUCUUUUCGAGACUUACAAAGUUCACACAGCUCAAUCUCACAUUGAAUCGGAUUGAACAAUUGUGUGAAGAUGAUCUUGUUGGUUUCUGGGGGAAAGACUUCAAACUCCUGAACUUGCAAUCCAAUAAGUUCUAUAUCAGCUAUAGUAAAGACUUUGACUGGGAGAGAUGCGGAAACCCUUUCAGAGGGAUGACUUUUAAAACCCUUGACUUAUCCAGCAAUGGGUUCAGCCUGAACACAGCAAGGCGAUUUUUCAACGCAAUAGAAGGUACUCCAAUUGCUCAUCUUAUAUUCUCUGGACCCAUGGGCAAAGGCUUCUCAUAUGACAACCUUCCCGACCCAGAUGAAAGCACAUUUAAAGGCCUAGUAAACAGUUCAGUUACUACUUUUGAUUUGUCUAAAAGUCAUAUAUUUGCUUUGCAGAGGGCUUUUUUAAGUCCUCUAAAGGAUGCGGUCAUUGUUGACAUUUCCAUGAACAAAAUCAAUCAGAUUAACAGAAAUGCCUUCAACGGUCUUCAGGGACAUUUACGAAUGCUCAACCUGUCUUCCAACCUUCUGGGUGAAAUAUACUCUCACACAUUCACCAAUCUGACGGACCUUCGGGUGUUGGAUUUAUCUUACAACCACAUUGGUGCAUUGGGAGACAAAGCAUUCAGUGGGCUUCCAAAAUUACGAGCAUUAUAUCUGACAGGAAAUUCACUGCGGAACCUGGGUUCCACAGCGCCAUUACCAAACCUAGAUUAUCUUUUUUUGAGAGACAAUAAACUGAAAUCUCUCUGGAAAAUCAAUCUAUUGGGCAACAACUGUAUCCACGUAGAUGUGACCGACAACAGAUUAACAAACUUGGAGGAUGUUUAUGAUAUUUUAAUUAAUUUCAAUCGUCUCAAGAAUUUCUUCUUUGGCGGCAACUUCAUCAAGUGGUGCGGAAGUCCAGAAGUUACAGUACCUCGUAAUAAUACAUUGCAGGUUCUGGAUCUUCACGACAGUUCCUUGCAUGCCAUUUGGGAGCAGGGGAAGUGCCUCGACCUGUUUGAUAAUCUAGAGAAUCUGCUUGGUCUCAAUUUAAGCCUCAACUCACUUGCGACUCUCCCAGAAGGGAUUUUCCGCGGCCUAGAGUCGAUCAUAGAGAUCGACCUCUCGUCCAAUGCUUUCACCUAUCUGCAGCCGGACAUCUUUCCGAUCGGCCUGAAGAGACUGGAUCUCUCAAACAACUUUUUAGCCUCCCCGGACCCGGCGACCUUUCGGUCUCUGCUCUUCUUCAGCCUGGCUGGGAAUCGGUUCCACUGCGAUUGCACCCUGGAGAGUUUUGUGAAGUGGCUGAACGCAACGAAUGUAACCUUUCUGAGCCCAAUUGAGGAGUACAGGUGUGAGUUUCCAGCCGCUCUCCAGAAUCUUCCUCUGCUGGAAUACUCUACGAUUGUCAAACCGUGUGAGGAAGACGACGAAAAGGCCGUCGGAGACCUUAAGUUUGCUCUCUUCGUAUUGUCCACUCUCCUCAUACUCGUCGUGGUCCUCAGCGGGAUCGUCUACGCCCGUCUCCGAGGGCGCAUAUUCAUCGUCUACAAAAAGAUCGUGGGUAGGGUUCUCGAGGGCCCAAAGCCGAUGCCUCCCGUGGACGAAGUGCAGCACGAUGCCUUCCUCUGCUUCAGCGACAAUGACUACGGCUGGGUGGAGGCCGCUCUGCUUCAGAAGCUGGACAGACAGUUUUCAGAAGAGAACCUCUUCCGCUGCUGUUUCGAGGCCAGAGACUUUCUGCCAGGAGAGGAUCACCUUUCAAACAUUAGAGAUGCCGUCUGGAGUAGCAGGAAGACGGUGUGCGUUGUCUCCAAAGAGUUUCUUAAAGAUGGUUGGUGCUUGGAGGCAUUCACUUUGGCCCAGGGCCGGAUGCUGGAGGAGCUGACGAACGUGCUGAUAAUGUUGGUGGUAGGGAAGGUGGCUCACUACCAGCUGAUGAAGUACAAGGCAGUCCGAGCUUUUGUCCAGAGAAGGGAGUACCUCACCUGGCCGGAGGACCCUCAGGACCUGGAGUGGUUUUAUGAGCGCCUCGUCUCACAGUUACUCAAAGACACCAAGGUGACAAAGCUGGCAGAGGAGGAACCUGAACCCGACAUCCGGCCUCACUACGAGGACGGGGUCCAGCUUGAGGACAUCCGGCCUUACUACGAGGACGGGGUCCAGCUUGAGGACAUCCAACCUCACCACGAGGACGGGGUCCAGCUUGAGGACAUCCGGCCUCACUACGAGGACGGGGUCCAGCUUGAGGACAUCCAACCUCACCACGAGGACGGGGUCCAGCUUGAGGACAUCCGGCCUUACGAGGACAGGGUCCAGCUUGAGGACAUCCAACCUCACCACGAGGACGGGGACCAGCUUGACAACAUAGCGGGGGCCCGGUGAGACCACUUGGCAGGAUGAGGACCAUGUUGGGUCUUACCACCUUACAGAGGAAGUAAAGGCAAAGACUGAAGUUGUGCAGAACCUGUUCUUUUUAUUUCAAUGUAUUUAGGUGAUCUGUGGUAAGAUAUUAAAUGAAUUCAUAUUUUUUAUUUUGUUAUGUAUUUUUUAUUGUCCACAUUUCCAGCACUUUAGUAAUGAUUACAGACAAUACAUGACUAAAUUAUUAUAUUGUUGGAAUCCAUAAUGUGUUAACUGAAUGAAAUGUUUUAAUGAUUAAAUUAAUAAAGUGUAAGCAGUACAGUAACAGUAAGCAU